AUGCUCAAGGGUAACAAAAUGAACUACUGUAUGCAAGAAAUAUAUGAAGUGCACCCAGCUGCCAGCAGCAAUUGCUGCAUGCAGUCCACUGAUUAUUAUGCGUAUUUUGAAGAUAGUCCGGGUUACAGUGGUUGCGAUGCUCAGGCUGUGCCCAGUAACAACAUAUAUAUGGAACAGGCCUGGGCAGUGAAUCAGCCUUAUACCUGUAGUUACCCUGGAAACAUGUUUAAAAGCAAGGACUCUGACUUGGACAUGGCCCUGAAUCAAUACAGCCAACCUGAAUAUUUCACUGAAGAAAAACCUACUUUUUCUCAAGUGCAGUCGCCAUCGUACUCUCAGAAAAAAGUUACAGUUUACAUCGGCUUCGUCAAAUCUUUGAAUGUGAACGCUGAAUAUUCUAAAUUAAAAACAGCACUAUGGCAUAUCUUUGACUUUAAUGUGAUAUUGUUUUUCCACAUCCGUCUUUUUAUCUCCUUCACAGGGUACAUCCCCAGUUACUUAGACAAGGACGAGCUAUGUGUAGUGUGUGGUGACAAGGCCACCGGGUAUCACUACCGCUGCAUCACAUGUGAAGGCUGCAAGGGUUUCUUUAGAAGAACCAUUCAGAAAAAUCUCCAUCCAUCCUAUUCCUGUAAAUAUGAAGGAAAAUGUGUCAUAGACAAAGUUACACGAAAUCAGUGCCAGGAGUGUCGCUUUAAGAAAUGCAUCUAUGUUGGCAUGGCAACAGAUUUGGUGCUGGACGACAGCAAGAGGCUGGCCAAGAGGAAGCUGAUAGAGGAGAAUCGGGAGAAGAGGCGGCGCGAAGAGCUGCAGAAAUCCAUCGGGCACAAGCCGGAGCCCACGGACGAGGAGUGGGAGCUCAUCAAAACUGUCACCGAAGCCCACGUUGCGACCAAUGCUCAGGGCAGCCACUGGAAGCAGAAACGGAAAUUCCUGCCGGAAGAUAUUGGGCAAGCCCCAAUAGUAAAUGCCCCAGAAGGUGGAAAGGUCGACUUGGAAGCCUUCAGCCAUUUCACAAAAAUCAUCACACCAGCAAUUACCAGAGUGGUGGAUUUUGCCAAAAAGUUGCCUAUGUUUUGUGAGCUGCCAUGUGAAGACCAGAUAAUCCUCCUCAAAGGCUGCUGCAUGGAGAUCAUGUCCCUUCGUGCUGCUGUGCGCUAUGACCCAGAAAGUGAGACUUUAACCUUGAAUGGGGAAAUGGCAGUGACACGGGGCCAGCUGAAAAACGGGGGUCUUGGGGUGGUGUCGGAUGCCAUCUUUGACCUGGGCAUGUCUCUGUCUUCUUUCAACCUGGACGACACGGAAGUAGCCCUCCUUCAGGCCGUCCUGCUGAUGUCUUCAGAUCGCCCAGGGCUUGCCUGUGUUGAGAGAAUAGAAAAAUACCAAGAUAGUUUCCUGCUGGCCUUUGAACACUAUAUCAAUUACCGAAAACACCAUGUGACACACUUUUGGCCAAAACUCCUGAUGAAGGUGACAGACCUGCGGAUGAUUGGAGCCUGCCACGCCAGCCGCUUCCUGCACAUGAAGGUGGAAUGCCCCACGGAACUCUUCCCCCCUUUGUUCUUGGAAGUGUUCGAGGAUUAGACCGACUGGAUUCGUUCUCAUAAUUCCUACAGCACUACUGGCAGUCAUUUCAUUCCAUUGCCCAGCUCUUUUUUGUUUGUUCCUUUGUUUCUUUGUGUUGGAAGGGAUUACUUGGGGGUAAAGGGGGUAGUCCUUGGAAUAGACAUGGAUGAAAUCACCCCUUGAAUGCGGGUACUCGUAA